AUGACCAGCGAACAGAAGGAGGAAGAUGAGGACUACUACAAACAACGACGGAGGCUAGAGACACAGAAGUAUGGCUGGCAGGAGUUCGACCCUGCAAGUGUUUGCCAUCUCUUCGUCCAGGAAGGCGAGCGGACCAAUAAAGCACCUUUCCCUCUCCUGUGGCAAGCCACGGCCCUGCUCCUCGCCGACGACAAGGACCCUCGACGCCGUGGUUGUAGUUCCACAUCCUCUCGUCCAGAAAAUGCCGUUGUCGUCGUCGCCGACCAGACAAUGCCCGGCGGCCUCGUUCCAUCCGACCAUCUGCUUCGCAGCGAACUGCUCUGCGCACUACCACUCGUCUGUCGCCGGUGCUUCGAGGAGCAGCUGCUCCGCCAGGAUGCUGGUGCUGGUGCUGGUGCUACUCCCACUGUCACUGCCCCCGAGAAAGAUCGAUCAUCUUCGUCAUCAUUUGCUGUAUGUGCUUGCUACUUUCCUGCCCUUCUCGUCCCCUCAUCACACACUGAUCAUCAUCUUCUGCAGGUCACAAUCGUGUCUUGCACCGGCACACGAGUACGUCUUGUCGAGGCCAAAUUGGACCACACAGGAUCCUACAACGACCCCGCCAGCGAGCAUGUACAGGAGGGAUGCGGUCGUCUAGCUCCUGCGUUGUCGAUCAGCAUCGCCCGGGAUAUACCAGUCGGCAGCAUGACCGGCACGAGUGAGGCAGCCCGUGACCAGUGGCUUGAGGUGAUUGGGUGGAUGUUGUUUGGUGGGGUCGCAGACCCGGCUCUCUUGUUGGAGAGUUAUGGCGACGACGACGACGAUGACGCCGAAGACGACCGCCUCGGCGUGUACGGCUCGUUGUCUGUGGGCAAGACAAGAGAACUCAAGACAGACAGCGGCAGUAGCAGCAAUGCAGGGUUAUUGUCCUCCAAUGGCCAGAAGAAGCCUGCUGCUCUGGAGAAGAACCCUCGUGAUCCUCGGCUUGUGGUUCCGUCCGAGUCAUAUUCUGAGCGCCUGGUCUCAGGCAGCGGGACGGAAUUGCUUGGUGAGAGCGACGGGAGUUAUGAAUGA